AUGCGUAUGAUAGAUAUUGUUCAGUUUGUUAACCGAGAGGGUCGACUCUAUUUAAGAAGCCAAUUAAAUGCUAAAUCUCCUGACGAACGCCUUCUCAUUGAAACUUUUGCUUCAACAUUUGCUCAACUAAAUCCGAUUUCGUUCCAAGAAAUUCUUUCCUGCAAAAUUCAUGAUUAUGUUGUUUGGUGCAAUAGAAGCCCAUCUUAUACUAACGUCGCAUUGCACUUACUGUCGCAACCAAAUAAAACAUCACACUUUGGAUUUAUUCUACUCUCCUAUUUAGUUGACAGAUUGGAGCGUUUAGGAGAUGGUACCAAUGAGUCUGCACUUUACAUGAGACUGCUAAAGUUGUGCUUCAGCUCAGUAAAUAUGUCUGGUACUGAAAAUGAAUUAGUUAUGAAGCUCCAUUUACGGCGUAUUGUUCAAGGAAGUAUGCAUUACUGCCUUACAGCUAAAGAACCCACAGCCUAUUUGAGUUUAUUACGAACACUUUUUCGUUCGAUAGGAGGAGGAGCACACGAUAAACUUUAUCGAGAAUUUUUCCCCUUGUUACCUGAAAUGUUGACUACCUUGAAUCGCUUGCUUCGUUCGCACAUCGUUCGAAUGCUCGUGAUCUAUUAG